AUGUAUCGAAUUCGCUGUAGUAACGUGGCUGAAACUAUAGAUAUUUUGAAUCAAAAAAAGUUAAGUUGUCUAAUCUGUGUGGGUUUACUGGAUCUGAGGAGUAUUCCCUGUGGACAUAGUUACUGUAAAGUCUAUACUGGUAACUGGGAUCAGGAUGACCAAAAUGAUCCCUACCACAUCUGCCUUCAGUGCAGACAGACCUACACCCCAAGACCUGCACUAUACACAAACACCAAGAUUGAUGAAGUGGUGGAAAAAUGUGAAAAGACUAGACUGCAAGCUGAUGACACUGGAUCUGGAAACCUAGUCAUAUACUCCAAGUCAUAUACUGAGGAAAUAUACUGAGGAGAUACUCAGCAAACAUAUGCUGAGAAAUCAGUACCUGGUCAGCAUGAACAAGGUAUGGAUAAUAACUCUUUCCUGUCUGCAGUGACUUAACUACAUGGAAUAGAUGUAGAAAGAAAUGUCUCUUAUUACAAAAUCGUAGCCUACUUUGUACAAUGUACUUUGGAUGUCAUGUGAGUUCAGUGAAGAUUACACAGGCCCCACCCAUCUACCAGAGCAGGCAGAGACACAGUUCUAGAACAAUCCAAGAUUCAGGAGGAGUGUAUAUCAAACAGAGAAUAAUGUUCUAAUACCACAGUAUUAUUGCCUCAAUACCACUACGUGUUUGCCAACAGAGAAAGAGUGGGAACAAACCACACAAACAAGAAGCCCAGUCACCAGCUCCCUCUUCCAGCGGAAAGGACAUGGUAAGUUCUGGCAAGUGUGUAUGUACACAGUCGGUACAUGUGUGUUCAGUAAACCCUCCUGAUUGAAUAUUGCUGGUGAUAUCAUGCUCACCUCUUUUAACUUGAAUGUCUAUAUGUCACUGCCUCACCUGCCCCCAACUUAUAACUUUAAGGAGUUUCAGGAUCCAGAGCCAGGGAAGACACAGGAACUGUAUGCCCAAAUGGAUGACCUCCUGGAUAGGGUGACUCAAAACAACUUCCAGCAAUCAAUGAAGACAAUGACUGAGUUCACCAUUAACACAGAGGCCAGACUGAGGUCCAUCACUGACCUCAUAUAUGACAGGGCCAUAGCACACCCUGCCAGCUCUGUGGUCUACGCCAACAUGUGCCACUACCUCAUGGCGGUAAGUCUGUAUCUGUACAAUUCUCCAUCUGUCUGUAUUUUGUCUGUCUCUCACAGAGGUGAUUGCUAUUUCUUUGUCAAAUGCCAAUGACCAGACAUGGAGAACAGUUGGAAAUCUUACAGACUUUGCCAUAGACAGUGUAAACCCUUUGCACUGUCACAGUUGGUUAAAGGCAGUGUUCCCCAACUGGUGGGCCUUAUAUUUAUAAUUCAAUUUUAUUCAUAAAAUCUGUUUUCAUUGUUGGGCACCAGACUGUAAAAACACCAGGAAAUCAGCUCCAAGUGAUUCAUUUUGGAUAUCUGUUCAAGUAUUCCCACGCAUAAUAGAUACAGUGGGGAGAACAAGUAUUUGAUACACUGCCGAUUUUGCAGGUUUUCCUACUUACAAAGCAUGUAGAGGUCUGUAAUUUUUAUCAUAGGUACACUUCAACUGUGAGAGACGAAAUCUAAAACAAAAAUCCAGAAAAUCACAUUGUAUGAUUUUUAAGUAAUUAAUUUGCAUGACAUAAGUAUUUGAUACAUCAGAAAAGCAGAACUUAAUAUUUGGUACAGAAACCUUUGUUUGCAAUUACAGAGAUCAUACGUUUCCUGUAGGUCUUGACCAGGUUUGCACACACUGCAGCAGGGAUUUUGGCCCACUCCUCCAUACAGUCCUUCUCCAGAUCCUUCAGGUUUCGGGGCUGUCGCUGGGUAAUACGGACUCUCAGCUCCCUCCAAAGAUUUUCUAUUGGGUUCAGGUCUGGAGACUGGCUAGGCCACUCCAGCACCUUGAGAUGCUUCUUACAGAGCCACUCCUUAGUUGCCCUGGCUGUGUGUUUCGGGUCGUUGUCAUGCUGGAAGACCCAGCCACGACCCAUCUUCAAUGCUCUUACUGAGGGAAGGAGGUUGUUGGCCAAGAUCUCGCGAUACAUGGCCCCAUCCAUCCUCCCCUCAAUAAGGUGCAGUCGUCCUGUCCCCUUUGCAGAAAAGCAUCCCCAAAGAAUGAUGUUUCCACCUCCAUGCUUCACGGUUGGGAUGGUGUUCUUGGGGUUGUACUCAUCCUUCUUCUUCCUCCAAACACGGCGAGUGGAGUUUAGACCAAAAAGCUAUAUUUUUGUCUCAUCAGACCACAUGACCUUCUCCCAUUCCUCCUCUGGAUCAUCCAGAUGGUCAUUGGCAAACUUCAGACGGGCCUGGACAUGCGCUGGCUUGAGCAGGGGGACCUUACGUGCGCUGCAGGAUUUUAAUCCAUGACAUGGAUUGUCCUGUUGUCCUGUAGCCCAUCCCAGCCUUGUGCAGGUCUACAAUUUUAUCCCUGAUGUCCUUACACAGCUAUCUGGUCUUGGCCAUUGUGGAGAGGUUGGAGUCUGUUUGAUUGAGUGUGUGGACAGGUGUCUUUUAUACAGGUAACGAGUUCAAACAGGUGCAGUUAAUACAGGUAAUGAGUGGAGAACAGGAGGGCUUCUUAAAGAAAAACUAACAGGUCUGUGAGAGCCGGAAUUCUUACUGGUUGGUAGGUGAUCAAAUACUUAUGUCAUGCAAUAAAAUGCAAAUUAAUUACUUAAAAAUCAUACAAUGUGAUUUUCUGGAUUUUUGUUUUAGAUUCCGUCUCUCACAGUUGAAGUGUACCUAUGAUAAAAAUUACAGACCUCUACAUGCUUUGUAAGUAGGAAAACCUGCAAAAUCGGCAGUGUAUCAAAUACUUGUUCUCCCUACUGUACAUAAGAUCAUAUAGAAAUGUAAACAAGGUUUGAAAUUAAAGUUUUAGUCAGGCUUCUUUCGGUCAUUUUGCAGUGUACUAAUUAUUUGUAAUUAUGUUCCGGCCCCCCGACCAUCCGCUCAAGAAAAAACAUCAGCCCGCAGCUGAAUCUAAUUGAUGAUCCCUGGUCUAGGCGGUCGGGCAUAGGCAAGGACUCAAAGGCACAGGAGCCAGGUGCAAACAAAGGGGCUUUUAGUAAGAAAAGGCUAAUUAAAUCCUGGCUCUUAGACUUUACAUUUAGGGGGGGAAAGCAUGACGUCCACAGGCCUAACCUAUAGCGCAAACCGUAAAAGUCUCGGACAUUCCGCUCUACCCAGCAGUGAGAGCUGCACACCUUUAUGUCUUUAGGCAGUCAAUUAGAGGGAAGCCACACCCUCGUAAAGGGAACAAUGCUCUGGAGCUUGUUCCCCUAGACAACAUUCCUCGUGCUGGCUAGGCUUGGCCCUGCUGCACUACACCCACCAUUGAGUAUUUACCCCCCCCCCCCCCCCCCACCCCCCCAUAUCUUACACCUGUAGCUCAAAGUACCCACAGCCGUACCAGGAGUGACACAACAUUUCCGCAAGCUGCUUCUGAACCGAGUCAAGACAGACUUUGAGAACAUGGGGAGGGACAAUCAUGAAAUCUUGCAGAAGGAGAUGGACACCAUCACCAAGGUAGCACGUUCAUCUCUUUAGACACACUGCCCAUUACAUUAUAGAACAACACUUUGAGAAAUUCUGAUCUGAUCUAAAUUAUAUUCAUUCCUCUGCAUUUUACUGAUUAUUUAAUGCAUUGUUGAUCAUGUGCCCUAAACUUGCAUGGUGUUCUUCCCCUGAAUUGGUCAUUGGAAAAACGUUUUCUUAUCUAACUAGUCACAAAUUGUAUAGUUUAAUUUGUUUACUGAUUCCUUCCAGGAGGAGGACCGCCAGAAACUGAGGGAAGAGCUGGAGGAGGUCAAGGCCAAGGGGCGGAGGCAGUCUCUAGGCAACAUCCAGUUCAUGUGUGAGUUGUACAGGUUGAAGAUGAUUACGGAGGCCAUCAUGCACGAUGCCAUCGUAAAGCUGCUGAAAAACCACGACAAGGAUUCAAUGGAGUGUUUGUGCACCUUACUCUCCACCAUCGGCAAGGAAUUGGACUUUGAGGAGGCCAGGGUACAGCAUUGUCUCUCUGUCUGUCCGUCCUCCCGUCUGUCUGUUUAAUUUUUAUUUUAUUUGUUUUUUUUUAAUCCAUGACAUCAAAAUCAGUGGCAUUGCACGAGUACAGUGCACACCUUUUUCUUAUCCAAAAUUAUCUGAUAGGUUAAUCCAAUAGAUUCAAAUCUAUAAAUCAGUCAAAAGCAUUCACUUGGACUGUCUACACUUCCACAGCCCAGAAUGGAUCAGUACUAGAACCAGAUUGAGAAGAUCUUGACGAAUAGGACAACCUCCCCCAGAAUCACAAGCAUGCUGCAAGAUGUGUUGGAUCUCCGAAAGGUAUGACCAGUUAUUCUUAUUACCUCUUUUAACAUCCAUAUCUAACCUCUUCUACCUCUUAACAUCCAUAUCUAACCUCUUCUACCUCUUAACAUCCAUAUCUAACCUCUUCUACCUCUUAACAUCCAUAUCUAACCUCUUCUACCUCUUAACAUCCAUAUCUAACCUCUUCUACCUCUUAACAUCCAUAUCUAACCUCUUCUACCUCUUAACAUCCAUAUCUAACCUUUUGGUUGUCUCUUUUUUUGCUCUAUGCUCUAAAGCCGUAGUAUGUAGUUUAUAUGCGUCAAUUGUAUGAAUGACUGUUCUGUAAAUUCUAUAAUAUUUAUUUUAUUUAAUAUUAGUGAUGUCAUGUUUUGUGUGUGGUGGGGGGGUGUAUGCCUUUUCUCUCUAGACAGAAAUAACCCAGCUUGCUGAAAAGAUGGAGAAGACCAGACUGCAAGCUGACGAUUACACUGGACCUGUAGACACUGAAUCUUUUCUGCGUCCUCACUAUAAGUCAUCAGCCAUGAAGAAACAGGAGCUGGUCAGCAUAUCUACACCACUACAGGAGAAUGUAUGUCCUCAUCAUGAUGAUAAACUGAAAGCUGAAGACCAUGAGACAGACUCUGCAGGAGGGGCUGCAGCAGGGAGGGCUACCAAAAAGGUAUUAAUGGAAUACCAUUAUAAGCUAAGGAUAAGAGGUACAUAGAAAUGUUGCAGGCUUUACCCAUCAGCUUGUGUAGACCAAGACAUAUUUCAACCUGAAUCAAGAUCAUGCUGAUGUGUGUAUCACAAAGGGAUAUGUUUUGAUCCACUGUGUGAUGCCAAUUACAACUGUCUAUGUUUGUCUACACAAAAAGGCGAGUGUGCCCUUAAAAACAUGCCAGCAGAUAAUCCAGGAGAGAGAGGAGGAGCUACAGAAACUGAGACAGGAAGUGGAGUCUCUGAAGGUGAGACAUCAGGGGUGUAUUCAUUAGUCGGAUUCCAUUGCAAAAUGUUUAGUCUGCAACGAAAACAAGAGUUUCUAUUGGACAAAAUUCAGGACCGCCGGAAAACGUGUGACAAGACAGGAUUUGCCGCAGCACUUUUCAAUCAGGUGUGUCUUUUUAAUUAGUUUAGUAAAACAUACUGAAGCAAAGCGUUUCUUUCGAUUUGCCUUGUGAUUUGUCAACUCACGCACAAUUUCUCUGUCCUCCACAUCGGAGUGCUGCUGCAGGCUCUUUGCAUGUCUUGACCAAUCAGAUUCACAGAAAUCGCAGGUCGCGCAGACCGGGCACAACACAAAAAGCUCAAGGCGCGCUCUCCACUUUCCUCUGGUAUUUAUUUAGCAACCUGAUAACACAUCACUCCCGAAAGACACAAGCAAAAACUCUUACAUAAGUGUGGCAGCCUAUACACUUAAACAUUAGCGAUCUGACAUGCUGUAUUGUAUGGAAACGAGACAAUUUUUCAGUCUGAUCAACUAAGCUACUAACAACAGCAGCUGCGUAGUCUAACCUAUUAUGUGCCCUGUCCCUCUGGCCAGGGUAAACAAAUCAGUAAAGUUGUGUAUUUAUUGCCCAUUUGUUUGUGAGAAUGUGAAUGGGAUCAGAUUUGGUUUAUAUUCAAACUUGCGCUGUCUACGCUACCUAGAAUUAUUCAAUGCAAAAUUAUUAACUGUAAUUAAUCAAUAAACACAAUAGCUGACAGACUGAGUUCAUUUUUAAUUAGGCCUACAGUUGCAUAGAGCAGGACUAUAUGAUGCAAACAUGUGUAAAGCAAGCUCAGCCCUGUGAGUUAUAUAUGUUGCUUACUCUGUGUAUAGGAAACCCCCCUAGUCCUUCUUUAUAAAAUAUAAACUACAAGGUUGCUACAGUUUGACAGGGUUUUCAUCCUCCCAAAGGCCAGGAGUUUUUCCAGAAGUUUUUUAAAACCAUGUGUCCUGAUUAGAAAAACUCUGGUCCCAUCAUAGCCCAUAUUAAACCUUUUUACAACAGAUGAAUCACGUCAUACUGUAUAAGGUCCGGCGUUUUACCUGGUUAGGUUACCAGAUCAGGAAAAACUGUGGUGCCACCUCUGGGACAAAUCCAUGUACAGUUCCAGUCAAAUGUUUGGGCACACCUACUCAUUCCAGGGAUUUUCUUUAUUUUUACUAUUUUCUACAUUGUAGAAAAAUAGUGAAGACAUCAAAACUAUGAAAUAACACAUUUGGAAUCAUGUAGUAACCCAAAAAGUUUUAAACAAAUAAUAAUAUAUUUGAGAUUUGAGAUUCUAUAAAGUAGCCACCCUUUGCCUUGAUGACAGCUUUGCACACUCUUGGCAUUAUCUCAACCAGCUUCAUGAGGUAGUCACCUGGAAUGCAUUUCAAUUAACAGGUGUGCCUUCUUAAAAGUUAAUUUGUGGAAUUUUUCUUUCCUUCUUAAUGCGUUUGAGCCAAUCAGUUGUGUUGUGACAAGGUAGGGGGGGUAUACAGAAGACAGCCCUAUUUGGUAAAAGACCAAGUCCAUAUUAUGUCAAGAACAGCUUAAAUAAGCAAAGAGAAACGACAGUCCAUCAUUACUUUAAGACAUGAAGGUCAGUCAAUCUGGAAAAUUUCAAGAACUUUGAAAGUUUCUUCAAGUGCAGUCUCAAAAACCAUCAAGCGCUAUGAUGAAACUGGCUCUCAUGAGGACCGGCACAGGAAAGGAAGACCCAAAGUUACCUCUGCUGUAGAGGAUAAGUUCAUUAGAGUUAAAUGCACCUCAGAUUGGAGCCCAAAUAAAUGCUUCAGAGUUUAAGUAACAGACACAUCUUAGCAUCAACUGUUCAGAGGAGACUGUGUGAAUCAGGCCUUCAUGGUUGAAUUACUGCAAAGAAACAACUACUAAAGGACACCAAUAGGAAGAAGAGACUUGCUUGGGCCAAGAAACCAGUGGACAUCUGUCCUUUGGUCUGAUGAGUCCAAAUUUAAGAUUUGUGGUUCCAACCGUAGGUGAACGAAUGAUCUCCGCAAGUGUGUUUCCCACCGUGAAGCAUGGAGGAGGAGGAGGUGUGAUGGUGUGGGGUUGCUUUUUGUUGGUGACACUGUCAGUGAUUUAUUUAGAAUUCAAGGCACACUUAACCAGCAUGGCUACCACCGCAUUCUGCAGCGAUAUGCCAUCCCAUCUGGUUUGGGCUUAGUGGGACUAUCAUUUCUUUUUCAACAGGACAAUGACCCAAAACACACCUCCAGGCUGUGUAAGGGCUAUUUGACCAAGGAGAGUAAUGGAGUGCUGCAUCAGAUGACCUGGCCUCCACAAUCACCCAAUCUCAACCCAAUUGAGAUGGUUUGGGAUGAGUUAGACCGCAGAGUGAAGGAAAAACAGCCAACAAGUGCUCAGCAUAUGUGGGAACUCCUUCAAGACUGUUGAAAAAGCAUUCCACAUGAAGCUGAUUGAGAGAAUGCCAAGAGUGUUCAAAGCUGUCAUCAAGGCAAAGUGUGGCUACUUUGAAGAAUGUCAAAUAUAUAAAAUAUAUUUUGAUUUGUUUAACACUUUUUUUGGUUACUACUGGAUUCCAUAUGUGUUAUUUCAUAGUUUUGAUGUCUUCACUAUUAUUCUACAAUGUAGAAAAUAGUAAAAAUAAAAACCCUUGAAUGAGUAGGUGUGUCCAAACUUUUGACUGGUACUGUAGGUCUUUCCCUGUGUGGUUCCAUUUUAUUUGGUUCCUAGAGUAAACGGUUUCCAUUGCAAAACCUUUUGCAAUGGAAUCCGAUUAAUGAAUACACACCAGUUGACUAAUGAGCUGUUUUAGGCCUCAUCUAUGGGUGAAUCUCUUUUUUUGUGGUUGCUUGAUUCCUCUCUCCUCACCUCCUUCUCAAAAUGUAUUGGUGGAGAAGAUCUGCGGUUCCUCCCCUCGGACCUUCUCCUCCAAUGAGGAAUCAAGCAAAUACAAUUUAUAUUAAUCCCAUGCUCCUUUAUUCUCCACCGUUCUCCCAAAGUGUGCAGUUGCACACUCCCCGUCAUGGAUUUAACAAUGAUGGAUUUAACUCCCUCUAGCCAAUGCAGUUCAUUUCUUAUAAUCAUGACAGGGAGUGUGCAAGUCCAUACUUUGGGAGAAGUGAGGCGUGACAUAGCAGAUGCUUACCUAACUUUCUGAGACAAACCCCUCGAAACGGAUGACUCUCUCUCUCUCUUCUGACAGUGUUUAUCUCAGGCUACACUGGAGGACGGUGAGAGGUUCUUCACCAAAUUGAUUGAAACAAGGUGCUCAGAGGUGAGAGAGCGGAUCCAAGCAAAAGAGAAGGAGAUGGUGCGUGAGGCUGAGGGACUCAUACAGACGCUUGAGCAGGAGCUUGAUGAGCUGAAGAGGACUGAAACAGAGGGUAGGCAGCUUCCACACAUAGAGGACUUCCCCCAUUUCCUCCAGGUAAGAUCAAUGGCUCUCUAAUAGUGUUACAAGUGUUCAGAAGACAGAUUAAACACUGAUAUUAAGAAGUGAACAUGUUUGAACCAAAAGCAAUUACCUUUCUGUAUUGGUAGUCAUACAUAUCAUUCUAUACAUAAGUAUUCACCCCCUUGGAUUAUUUUGUAGUUUAUUUUCAUAUAUGUAUAUGGGUGAUUCUACAGAAGUGGCGUAAAUUACAGUCCCACCCCCAAAAAGCGAUACAAAAAUAAAUAGAAAUAAGUUAAGUCUUCAAACUUGGGACAUUUAUUUACAUAAUGAUAUGUUCUAAUACAAUUCAAGGCAUUAACAAACAUAUAUUGUUAAAUGAAUAUUGUACAAAGUUAUUAUUUAUACACCUAUUUAUACCGAGGUGGCUGUCCCAAACCCUGACUCCUAAACUUCAAGUUAGAAAAUUAAGCAAUUCAUGUUUAGUUUUUUCACUAUUAUUUCAAAAGAACAUCUUGCUUUGUUCUAUUUUUUUUAUAUCUUUCUCUAAAAAAUGCUGUCACCUUUUGAUGUCACUACCGAAACACACAUAUUAAAAGACUGUAGAAUGAAUGUGCUUUAAGUCACACCCCUACAAAUAUCACCAGGUGAUGGGAUCACAAUCCUCUCCAGCAUGACCACAUGGUGAGUUGUCUGUCUCCAAACAUUGUGGAAAAAAUGAGUGAGCAAGUUGGUAAAUCUUCAUGUAUUUUUAAGAAGUGUCACUACCAAACAUCCUAACAUAUCAAGAAAUAUGUAUGGUUUUGGGACUAAAAUAUAAAGUAUGUUUGCUGGGAUCUGUCCAAAUGAAAGAUGGCCAGCCAUAUGUUGACUAUGGGGAUUCUUUAAAGGCCAAAAUAAGUUGAAAGUGUUCAAAAUGAAACAAUUAACACUGUGUGUGUGUGUGUGAAUUGUUUCAUUGUGGACACUUUUGACAUAUAUAUAUAUAUAUAUAUAUAUAUAUAUAUAUAUAUAUAUAUAUAUAUAUAUAUAUAUAUAUAUAUGUGUGUGUGUGCAAACUUCAGGAGAAAGUGUAAAGUAUUGAGAUUCAUAGCCAGCAGGGGGGCUCCAACCCUCCAAGAUCCCAAACAUUGACAUCUAAUUGGCCAAAACAUGGAUGUCUAUAAUGUGCUAUACUGUACUGUAUUCUACAGUAGUGUGCUCUACUUAAGUGAUAAUGCCCGAGAAGCUAGUGUUGGAGGACAUAUUGGCACGGGUGUUGUUAGUCGAGGGCCGGCAAACCGUGCAAAUAUAUCCUCCGAACACCGGCUUCGAGGGGAUUAUCACUUUUAUACAACGGGUUACCAACAUAUUCAAAUAAUGUAUUCAAAUAAUGAUUGACAUGUUUUCAUUAAAAACGUUAUUUUGAUAAAUGUAUUCAUACUAUUUAAUCCUUCCACAAGAUAUAGUUCCGACACAAAUCUAGGGUUGCUAGAGACAUGACCCAGUUGUUCAGUCUUUUUGUUCCUUUGCCAUACUGGCUGGCAACGUUCUUAUCCCUUGCUUGCUAGCUAGCCAACUACGGCUCAUUUACAGUCACGUCAAAAAGUUCAGCCAGAAUAACAGCAAAGUAGCUGCAUUUGCAUUUGUUUAAGCUGUUUUCUAGUUACAUUUAUUUGGAUACAUCCAUAACAAUGACCUAAUGGGGCGCGAUUUCGCCUGGAAUAGAAAAUGAGCUCACUCAUCAGGACACUGUUGUUCAGAGGAGCUAGCCAACAACUCAGCUACAGUAACACAAUCACUUCAAACUGAAGCUGGAAAGACUGCAAAUUAGCUGCGUUUCGUUUUUACCUUUUUUCAAUUGAUAUUUUUUUUGUAUAUAUCCAUAAAAAUGAUGCCAGCUGAUUCAUGAUUUCGACCAGCUGAGAAACGCUGCCUGCCUGUCUGUCUGUCUGUCUCGUCCCGACUCCUGACACGUUCAUUACUAUGGGACAGCAGGAGAUCGAAUUGGAAUAUUGUUACAAUGUUGCAAAUGUCGGAGAGACAGACAGCAAGGUUUAUACAAAUCUCCACUGUUGAAAACUAAAUGUUAGUCUAAAAGAAAUGUGAGAUAAUGUCUAGAUGCUUUUUAUAGUGGAGAUCAAGUUUAUAAGUUGCCUGGCUGGCCUGAUGAGACAGUGGAUUGCGCAGUCAGAUGGAACAGAGUAAAUAGGCAUUUUAACGUCAUAGAUUUAGCCCGUGGCAACUUGUGGAAUAGACACUGGCUGGAAUGCGGUUUUAACCAAUCAGCAUUCAGGAUUAGACCCACCCGUUGUAUAAUGUACCCUAAUCUACUGUACUAUGCUCUACUAUACUGUGCUAUACUGUACUCAAGUUUAAAAGUUGACUUGAGUUUCUUACAAUUGAAGAAAGGGCCCAUGGACUCUUGAUCUAGUGGUCUUAAGACCACUCAAGACCACAAAUUCGGUCUUUAAAGAGCGACUGCCUCUAAAAAGAAUCUUCGCGUUUUGAAAAUGGCGUUUGUAGCAUCGAUAUGAGCAGUACUAACUGGCUGAGUAGUAGUGCGGGUGGAUUUCUUUCAAAUUUCAACAGACAUGCAUCACAUUUAGUAGCCUGGUAUAACCAGCAUGAUAAUAGCUAUUUUCCAAUUCAAUUGAUUUCUCUAAACUCUGAAUAGAAUAGGAAUGGAGUUAUAGGCCUACUCAGGCUGGUUAGGCAUGUUAUUGCAAUAGGCCUACCAUAGGCUAUAGGCCUAAAAAGGACUGAAGACAGAAUCAGAUCAUUUGGUUCCAUUUCAACAUAUUUAUUAGUGAAACCAAAGUGCUGUCACAUCCAUAAAUUAAAAUCACCAAAUAUACUAGUAAACGGCAAAACUUUUCAAAUGUUAACAUCAAAAGACUGUUGCACAGAAAAACAUGGACAGUCAGGUGCAGCGUAAAUUCAGAAAGUGGACUGCUGGAUAGUGACAUAAUAAACUAAAGCACUGAUCAUUGGGAACAAGAUCAGAAUGACUACUUAGGAAAAGAAGGCUUGAUCCAAAAUAGGAAGCCUACAAAACCCCAAAAUUCAAAAUGUUAAACUCAAAAGGCCUGACCUGUCACGAUCGUCGUAAUGAGCGGACCAAGGCGCAGCGUGAUAUGCGUACAUCUUUUAAUGAGUACUUUAACACAAUACAACAAAACGAAACGUGAAGUCCUCGGUCAUAAACACAAACCUAGACGGAACAAGAUCCCACAAAAGACAAGUGCACAAUAGGCUGCCUAAGUAUUGUUCCCAAUCAGAGACAACGAGCCACAGCUGUCUCUAAUUGGGAACCACCCCGGCCAACAUAGAAACACAUAAACUAGAACAAGAACAUAAAAACGAAACAUAGAACCUAACACCCAGAAACUAACACAUAGAAACUAACACCCUGGCUCAACAUAUAAAAGUCCCCAGAGCCAGGGCGUGACAGUACCCCCCCCCCCCCCAAAGGCGCAGACUGCGACCGCGCCAACUAAACCCAACAGGGGAGGGGCCGGGUGGGCAUUCCGCCUCGGAGGCGGAUCCGGCUCCGGGCGUGACCACCACCCUCUAACUAACCCCCCGUAGCGCCCCUGGUCUGGUCCCGCUGGCUGGAGCUGGACUGGACAUCGGUGGAGCGGAUUGCUUAGGCUCUGGUGUGGAGCAGCUGACCGGUACCUGACCAGGCACCGGUGAAACAGGCAUGGGCUGUGCCGGACUGACGACGCGCACCACAGGCUUGGUGCGGGGAGCAGGAAUGGGCCGGACCGCGCUGACGACGCGCACCACUGGCUUGGUGCGGGGGAAAGGAACGGGCCGGACCGGGCUGACGACGCGCACCACUGGCUUGGUGCGGGGAACAGGAACGGGCCGGACCGGGCUGGCGACGCGCACCACUGGCUUGGUGCGAGGGGCAGGAACAGGCCGGGCCGGGCUGGCGACGCGCACCACUAACUUAGUGCGGGGAGCAGGAACGGGUUAGGCCGUACUGGUAACACGCACCACUAACUUAGUGCGGGGAGCAGGAACGGGUUGGGCCGUACUGGGAACACGCACCACUAACUUAGUGCGGGGAGCAGGAACGGGUCGGGCCGGACUGGGAACACGCACCACUAACUUAGUGCAGGGAGCAGGAACGGGUUGGGCCGUACUGGGAACACGCACCACUAAAUUAGUGCGGGGAGCAGGAACGGGCCUGACCGUACUGGGAACACACACCACUGGCCUUGUGCGGGAAGCAGGAAUGGGUCGGGCCGUACUGGGAACACGCACCACUAACUUAGUGCGGGGAUCAGGAACGGGCCGGACCGGACUGGUGACACACACCACUUGCUUGGUGCGAGGAGCGGGACUGGGUUUCCUCAUAAACCUCCGCUCCCUCUGCUGCCUACUCAGUUCCUCUCGCCGUGCCUCUACACUCUCCUUCUCCCUCAACGCCUCCUGUAGCUCCUCCCUCUGACCAUUUAACUCCUGCUCCCUUAUGACCAAUAGCCCCCGUAACCUGGUGGCCUCCUCUCCUAUUCUGCAGAUACGCCCUGUAGCUGCCUCCUGCUGCCCCGUCGUCCACACCGUGUGCCCCCCCCAAAAAAUGUCUUGGGGUUGCCUCUCGCCUGUCCGACGACGGCCCGGUUGGCGCCGCUUCUCCUCUCCUGCCUGGGCAUCCUCCCUCAUCGCCCUCCGGUAGCGGACGGCCUCCUCCUCUGUGAUUUUCCCCCAACCGAGGAGGACAUCUACCAGAGGCACCUCAUGUUCCAUACCCGGCGUUUGCUCCUGAACACGCUGCUUGGUCCUGUUUUGGUUGGAUCUUCUGUCACGAUAUGCGUAAUGAGCGGACCAAGGCGCAGCGUGAUAUGCGUACAUCUUAUAUUUAUUAACUAGUACACACGAACAAAACAACAAAACGAUACGUGAAGUCCAAGGUUAAACACCAAAAAACAAACCUAACACGGAACAAGAUCCCACCAAAGACAAGUGCACAAUAGGCUGCCUAAGUAUGGUUCCCAAUCAGAGACAACGAGCCACAGCUGUCUCUAAUUGGGAACCACCCCGGCCAACAUAGAAACACAUAAACUAGAACAAGAACAUAAAAACGAAACAUAGAACCUAACACCCAGAAACUAACACAUAGAAACUAACACCCUGGCUCAACAUAUAAAAGUCCCCAGAGCCAGGGCGUGACAUGACCGGAUUAACACGACAUCAUAUCCCAUAUCCCAGAGUGCUCGACACAAUUAAAAAUGAUUAGGCUAUACAAUUUAACGCAAUCCCGACCAUAAAGACAAUAGCCUAUUGCAGGGAAAAGCUUAACUAUUAUGCCAUGCCCGUUGAAUAACCAAAAAAUAGGCCACCUAAUUAAAUGUUCUCCAUAGUCAAAAAAAUAAUAAAACAAUCGGGACAAAUAAACAUUAACGUUUUUAAUUUAAUGAUUGAUAAUUAUUUAGAUUGUCUUUUCACAGCAAAAACCAAGCCAUGAGGUCGAAGGAAUUGUCCUUAGAGAUCCGAGACAGGAUUGUGUCGAGGCACAGAUCUGGGGAAGGGUACCCAAACAUUUCUGCAGCAUUGAAGGUCCCCGGGAACACAGUGCCCUCCAUCAUUCUUAAAUGGAAGAAGUUUGGAACCACCAAGACUCUUCCUAGAGCUGGCCGCCUGGCCAAGCUGAGCAAUCGGGGGAGAAGGGCCUUGGUCAGGGAGGUGACCAAGAACCCGAUGGUAACUCUGACAGAGCUCCAGAGUAGAGAUGUCCUUCUGGAAGAUUCUCUCAACCAUCUCUGCAGCUCUCCACCAAUCAGGCCUUUAUGGUAGAGUGGCCAGACGGAAGCCACUCCUCAGUAAAAGGCACAUGACAGCCCGCUUGGAGUUUGCCAAAAGGCACCUAAAGACUCUCAGACCAUGAGAAACAAGAUUAUCUGGUCUGAUGAAACCAAGAUUGAAAUCUUUGGCCUGAAUGCCAAGCGUCACAUCUUGCGGAAACCUGGCACCAUCCCUACAGUGAAGCAUGGUGGUGGCAGCAUCAUGCUGUGGGGAUAUUUUUCAGCGGCAGGGACUGGGAGACUAGUCUGGAUCGAAGGGAAAUAUGAACGGAGCAAAGUACAGAGAGAUCCUUGAUGAAACCUGACAACCUGACAACGCAAGAGUGGCUUCGGUACAAGUCUCUGAGUGGCCCAGCCAGAGCCCGGACUUGAAGCCGAUCGAACAUUUCUGGAAAGACCUGAAAAUAGCUGUGCAGCGACACUCCCCAUCCAACCUGACAGAGCUUGAGAGGAUCUGCAGAGAAGAAUGGGAGAAACUCCCCAAUACAGGUGUGCCAAGCUUGUAGCGUCAUACACAAGAAGACUCAAGGCUGUAAUCACUGCCAAAGGUGCUUCAAUAAAGUACUGAGUAAAGGGUCUGAAUACUUACGUAAAUGUUAUAUUUCAUAUAUGUAUUUUGAAUAAAUUUGCAAACAUUUCUAAACCUGUUUUUGCUUUGAUAUUAUGAGGUAUUGUGUUUAGAUUGAGCGGGGGGAUAAAAAACUAUUUAAUACAUUUUAAAAGAAGGCUGUAAUGUAACAAAGUGGAAAAAGUGAAGGUGUCUGAUUUUAUUUUCCAAAUGCACUGUAUAUCUGCUUGAAAAUCUAUGGCAAGACUUGAAAAUGGCUGUCCAGCACUGAUCAACAACUAACUUUACAGAGCUUGAAGAAUUGUCAAAGGAAUACCCUGUGGAAGUGACACGUCAUUUUCCAGGAAGUAGAUUUGUAGUUUUUGAACUUUUAUGGCUUUUUUAUGGUUUUCAAUGGGGAAAAUACUUAGCACAAUGGUCUUAUGCGCAAAAACUUAAUAAAAGGCAUCUGGCAGAAAUAAAUUCAUCCACAAACACAUUCCUAAUUUUGAGUUGCACCCACUUUUUCCCUCAGUUCUUGACACAAACCGGUGCGCCUGGCACCUACUACCGUACCCCAUUCAAAGGCACUUAAAUGUUUUGUCUUGCCCAUUCACCCUCUGAAUGGCACACCUACACAAUCCAUGUCUCAAUUGUCUCGAGGCUUAAAAAUCCUUCUUCAACCUGUCUCCUCCCCUUCAUCUACACUGAUUGAUAGGGAUUUAACAGGUAACAUUAAUAAGCUUUAACCUGGAAUCACCUGGUCAGUCCAUGUCAUGGAAAGAACAGGUGCUCCUAAUGUUUUGUACACUCAGUGUAUAUCUUAAAUCACUACUUUUUCGUGAAUUGAUAUGAUGAUGAUGAUGUAAUCGUCAAGCCCAUUCAAAAGAUUAGUGGACAGCACCCUUCCGAUUAGGGGACAGCACCCUUAUGACGUAGGACGACGUCACUUGCACAUCUUAUAAUGAGAAAAUAUUGCACAAUCGAGCUGUGCAAAGCUCUUAGAGAAUUACCAAGAAAGACUCCCAGCUGUAACUGCUACCAAAGUGUGUGUGGGGGGGUGUUUGUUGUUGAAAUGUUUAGAAUUGUUCUUCUACUAUGGAACGUCAUUUACAAAGUGACAAUUUAUAUCAAUUUUACCCUCACUUUGAAUCACAAAUGGUGAAUACUUAUGAUGGGCACUUUGGUGUCACUAUAACUAUUUAUAUGGACACCUGUUGGUUUGUCUUUUACCAUUUCGUCAGUGUAUUUACUGUCUUUCGGAAUUGGAUUUGUACGGUUUUUGAUUUCCUGAAUGUUUAUUUUUCUGUCUGUAGAAAUUGCCCAGCAUCACAGAGGCUUUUGGAGAAGUGAAGAGGAUGUAUGCCACUAAAAUGCAAAAGCUAUUUGAGAAUACCUCCAAGAGACAAUUUAAGACGUUUUAUGCAAUAGGUACUCAUUAAGGAUUAUAGCCGGACUAUUUGUUUUAGCAUAUGCCAGAUUCCUUCAGACAUUUAUUUUAGUAAUUCUUUUUUACAGUUGAAGACAUGCUGGAACCAUACAGUAAGCAUUACCAUUACAGCACAAUUGGCCCGAGGUAAAGUAUCUCAGUGGUUGUCGCCCGCCACUUUUUGGGGUCAACAGCUGUGGAAUGGAGCUGGAGAAAUGUAACCACUCUCAAACUCUUAGCCGGAGCUAUGGAUGACGAGGACUGACCAUCCAUGAUCAAUAUUAUAGUUUUUAAACAUUUUUUGAAGCUAUGUGUUUAUUAUGACAUUAUUUAUUCUCUCUCUCUCUGUUUCUCUCUCUUUCUUUCUUUCUCUCUUUCUCUGUUUCUCUCUCUCUCUCUCAGCCAUCACUUCUCUUGACAGACAGGCAGUGGAAGAAAAGGACUUGGUAAGAUCUGUAUGUAUACGUGUGUUUAGUAAUAAUCUCCUGGUUGUAUGUUGUUGGCUUACUUCCUCACCUGCCCCCUAACUUAUGACUUGAAGGAGGACGUUGUGGACCUAGAUACAGUGAAGACCGAGGAAAUGUAUGCACAAAUGGAUGACAUCCUGGACAGGCUGACUCCUAAGAACUACCAUCAGUCGAUGAAGGUAGUGAGUGCAUUCACCAUUGACACAGAGGACAAACUCAAGGGCUUUAUUGACCGUAUAUAUGAGAAGGCCAUCGAAUACCCUACCUACGCUGACGUCUAUGCCAAGGUGUGCCAUCAUCACCAACUCAUGGGGGUAAGUCUACAUGUUAAAGUUUGUCUAUUUCUCACCAUCUCAAUCCCAGAGGUAAUCCCAUAUUUUUGUAAAAAAUGACAAUUCUCAUAAUUUUUUUGUAUUUUCUUUUUCUUGUCGGUCUGUCGCUCUCGCUCUCUCGCUUGUUCUCUCUAUGACCCAAUAACUACAACCCAUCAACCUCCAAUGAGUUUUUCCUCCCACAUAUCCUGCCUUUCAGCUUAAAGUACCCGGCGUAACAGUAAAUUUCCGCAAGCUGCUGCUGAACCGAUGCCAGAAGGGCUUUGAGAAAAAGAAUAGUAAUGUCUUAAAGGAAAAGCAGAGGGAACUGGACGCCAUCACUGAGGUAGACCAACACAGACCAACAUUUUAUCUCUGAGAUGUUAAAAUUACUUGAACUUGAUCUAUACUGAACAAAAAUAUAUAUGCAGCAUGCAACAAUUUCAAAGAUUUUACUGAGUUACAGUUCAUAUAAGGAAUUCAGUCAAUUGAAAUAAAUAAAUUAAGCCCAAAUCUAUGGAUUCCACAUGACUGGGAAUACUAUACCUUACUGGUCACAGAUACCUUUAAAAAAAAAGUAUGGGCAUGGAUCAGAAAACCAGUCAGUAUCUGGUGUGACCACCAUUUGCCUCAUGCAGCGCGACACAUCUCCUUCGCAUAGAGUUGAUCAGGCUGUUGAUUGUGGCCUGUGGAAGGUUGUCCCACUCCUCUUCAAUGGCUCUGCGAAGUUGCUGGAUAGUCGCGUGAACAGGAACAUGCUGUCGUACACGUCGAUGCAGAGCAUCCCAAACAUGCUCAGUGGGUGACAUGUCUGAGUAUGCAGGCCAUGGAAGAACUGGGACAUUUUCAGCUUCCAGGAAUUGUGUACAGAUCCUUGCGACAUGGGGGUGUGCAUUAUCAUGCUGAAACAUGAGGUGAUGGCGGUGGAUGAAUGGCACGACAAUGGUCCUCAGGAUCUCGUCAAGGUAUCUCUUUGCAUUCAAAUUGCCAUCAAUAAAAUGCAAUUGUGUUCUUUGUCCUUAGCUUAUGCCUGCUCAUACCAUAACCCCACCGCCACCAUGGGGCACUCUGUUCACAGCGUGACAUCAGCAAACCUCUCACCCACACAACGCCAUACACGUGGUUUGCGGUUGUGAGGCCAGUGGGACAUACUGCCAAAUUCUUUCAAACGAUGGCUUAUGGUGGAGAAAUUAACAUUACAUUUUCUGGCAACAGCUCUGGUGGACAUUCCUGCAGUCAGCAUGCCAAUUGUACACUCCCUCAACUUGAGACAUCUGUGGCAUUGUGUUAUUCUGUGGCAUUGUGACAUUUUAGAGUGUCCUUUUAUUGUCCCCAGCACAAGGUGCACCUAUGUGAUGAUCAUGCUGUUUAAUCAGCUUCUUGAUAUUCCAAGCCGUUCAGGUGGAUGGAUUAUUUUUAACAGGGAUGUAAACAAAUUUGUGCACAACAUUUGACAUAAGCUUUUUGUGCAUAUAGAACAUUUCUGGGAUCUUUUAUUUCAGCUCAUGAAAUAUGGGACCAAAACUUUACAUGUUGCAUUUUAUAUUUUUGUUCAGUAUACAUUACAUGAACAUAAUUUAUCCUCAUGAUGCCUUAUGCUUUCUAAACAAUUGUAAUUGAUUAAAGGGAUAGUUUGGGGAAGUAGGGCUUCAUUGCCAAAAUCCCAGAGUCAGAUGAACUUGUGGAUACCAUUUCUAUGUCUCUGUGUUCAGUUUGAAGGAAGUUGCUAAGUAGCUAGUUAGAAUUGGCUUGUGAAACUACCUCUAACUUCCUUCAUACUGGAUGCAGAGACAUACAAAUGGUAUCCACAAGCUCAUCUGAAUCUGGGGAAGUAGAUAGGGGGCUUCAUGACCACAAUCCUGAACUGUCCCUUUUGGUUGCACAGCUGUUAACUUUACAUUGAGGUAUUUAUUCCCUUCAACUGAUUAUUGUAACGCUUGUAACAACUCACUAACUUGUACCUUGUUUAGUCCGAUGCAAUUUUGAUUAGUUCAAGGCAGGCUCACCAAAUGUCCCUGAUUCCUUCCAGAAGAAGGACCGACAGCAACUGAGGGAGGAGCUGGAGGAGGCCAAGGGGCAGCGGGAGUUGUUAGGCAACAUCAAGUUCAUGUGCGAGUUGUUCAAGUUAAAGAUGAUUACGGAGGCCAUCAUGCACAACUGCAUUGUAAAGCUACUAAAGAAUGGUGAUGAUGGCUCACUGGAAGGUCUGUGCACAUUACUCUUCACCAUCGGCAAGGACUUAGAGGAGGACUUAGAGGAGGAUUCUCAGGAGGCCGAGGUGCAACUACAUGUCGUCUGUCUCUGUCUGUUUGUCUUUCUGAUUUAUCAAUGUGAUCACUAAUAGCCAGUCUAUACUUCCACAGACCAGAAUGGAUCAGUACUACAGGCAGAUUGGGGUGAUCGUUAAGAGAAAGAGGACAUCCCCCAGAAUCCACUACAUGCUGUGUGAUGCGGUGGACCUCAGAGGGGUAUGA